GGGCGUGGCUGAUAGCAUUGGCUGAGUCUCAGAGAUGGAGCAGCGUACGGAGAGGUAGUGCUGAAUCUGCUUGAAUAUAGGAGCCGGCAGAAGCAAGAAAACAGGGGACUGCAUACCCAGGGAACAAAGGCAAAGAGCAGUCCGCUGGGGGAUAUGCUGUCAUCGAUCUGAGACUUUUGUUUAAAGACUUUAAUACAUUUGAUUGAGGUUUUUUUUUAAAAAAGAGAUUUUUCACUGGAAAGAGUUACCGAAAGGAAUACAAAGCCAUGAAGAGCGAGAAAAAGCCAACGCGGAAAUGGCAGAAGCUGCCAGGGAGAAACACGUUCUGUUGCGAUGGUCGGAUCAUGAUGGCUCGACAGAAAGGAGUUUUUUACCUUACCGUCUUUCUCAUCGUGGGAACCAGCGCGUUGUUUUUCGGCUUUGAGUGUCCAUAUUUGGCUAUACAUCUUUCCCCUGCCAUUCCAGUGUUUGCAAUAGUUCUCUUUAUCUUUGUAAUGGCAAUGUUACUCCGUACCAGCUUCAGUGAUCCUGGUGUGCUACCACGUGCUGAGCCAGAUGAGGCUGCAUUUGUGGAGAUGGAAAUAGAGGCAGCCAAUGGGAAUGUCCCAGCAGGCCAGCGACCACCCCCAAGAAUCAAAGAUAUCCAGAUUAACAACCAGAUUAUCAAACUGAAAUACUGCUACACAUGCAAAAUAUUCCGUCCGCCUCGGGCAUCCCACUGUAGUGUUUGUGAUAACUGUGUUGAACGCUUUGAUCACCACUGUCCAUGGGUCGGAAACUGUGUUGGAAAGAGGAAUUACCGUUUCUUUUACCUCUUCACCAUAUCAUUGUCAUUUCUCACUGUCUACAUCUUUGCUUUUGAUAUUGUACAUGUGGCACUGAGAUCUGUGGACAAUGGCUUUUUAAACACCCUGAAGGACACACCAGGAACGGUACUAGAAGUGGUGAUCUGCUUCUUCACAUUAUGGUCAGUGAUUGGUCUGUCUGGAUUUCACACCUAUCUUAUUGCACUCAACCAGACCACCAAUGAAGAUAUUAAAGGUUCUUGGUCAGGAAAAAAUGGAAUUCAUAAUCCGUACAGCCAUGAUGGUGUGUUGAAAAAUUGUUGUGAGAUCCUAUGUGGACCAGUUCCACCAAGUGUUCUUGACAGGAGGGGACUUAUUCAGGAUGAGACUGGUGUUUCGGUCACUGCUAAUCAAAUUGCAAGUACAGCGCCACAAAUUACGGCAAGUAGAACUCCAUUGAUACCCAACGAACAGGCACCAGUAAAAGAAAAUCCUGUGGUACCUGGGCAAACUGAACCAGAUGCAAAAGAGACAGUACCAUCACCUGGCAUGCACAAACAACUUCCAUCUCCACAACCAGUGGACUUAAAUAUGCAGUCUGGCACUAAAGCCCUGCAAAGGAAUGCAGUUACAAAAGAAACUUCAUACCAGGGGCAUACCUUCUAGUAAAUUUGUUCCUGAACUAAGUGCAAAAAAGACUUGAUGCACAAAAAGGAAGUUGGAAGACAGUUCAAGUAGCUAAACUGCGCUGCAAAUUGGUUUGAUACUGCAAUUUCCAUCUGAUCAGUAUUGUACAUUUAUUUUGUGAAGGAAUUUUUAGGGGCGUGACUAAUGAGCAGUAACAUCAGACGAGGAAUGUCGAAGAUAGGCUUUUGAGCGUUUUGACCCUUUCGAGGCUAAUUUACCCAUUCUUGGCCAAAUCUGUCUCUUCAUAAAUCACAUUUAUUACUUUAAUUCAAAAUACAAAAACAUGUGACAGAUGAAGUUUGCAAAAGAUUUCACUAAUCAAGUGUCUAUUUAUUACCCACAUAAUAUAUUGUAACAUCAUGAAAAUGACUGGCAGGUAAAUAUCAUGUGAAUACCUCGUUUUGUGCUGAGUUUCAGGUGGGUACUAUGCAAAACAUGUCUAUGUUUAUAGCUGACCAGUUUAACUUUAAAUGUCACUGAUUCCAGGCAUGUUAUGAGCGAUAAGCUGUCAAUUUUAAGUGGUUGUGAGAAAGUUGUCUUACAGAAUGUGCGUGCUUGUGUGUGUGUAUGUGUGUAAAUGGGAGUCUCCCUGGGUUAAUGAACUUGAUACGUAGGUUAAGUAACAUUGAACUUAAAAUUAUUCCAGGUAGAGUGAUACAAACUUUUUUAAAACCAAAUUGUGAACUAACGCUGCCAUCUGAUGUUUUCAGAUUACAAUCUGACACUUAUGGUGUGUGUUGCUUUUACUUGUGGAUUGUGAUCUGGGGCCACUCAUGCUGUGAUAGUAUGUGAAAUAGAUGUGGCUUAAAUAACCUAGCUAGGAGGAAUAGUUACUGACAGAGUUAAACCUCUACGUUCCUGUGUGAUUUAUAAGAUGGAGCCAUAGUUUCACAAGUCAUUCUGCCGUGUAAUUAUAAAUGAUAUUGAAUGCUCAGGUGUAAGACAGAGCUGACAAAAGCAAAGUUAGAAACAGAAUCUUAUGGUUCAAGUUUGUGUUACCAAAAUCACUUGUUCUAAAUUAGCAAAUCUAUUCUAUUUGGAAGUACUUCCUAUGAGGGAAUAUUUUGACUUAUGGAGAAGUAUAUAUAGUUUGGUGCCAUUUAUAAUUUAAUUUAAAAAAGUGCAGCAACAGUUACGCUAUGCAUAGAAAAUUAGGUUUUCCCUUUUAAUUGUUGCUAAUUAGUCAGUUUUUCUAUUGUCCAAAGAUGACUAUUGUGGUUUCUUAAGACUACCAAAUUUCAAACAAGACCCAAGAGGAAGCAGUGGCCUUGUUCAAAGGCUGAAGUCCCUGAACUCCAAGCUGUGUUGGAACUCUGCAACUCUGAUUUUUUUUUUAAAUGUUAAAGCUUCUAACUGAGACAUAAACACAAAAGAAUGAGACUGAUAAACAUGCUUGUGCUCCUAAUCUCUUCUGAGCAGACAACAGUGCCUUUCAUGAUACUGGAUCCAACGAUUUGAAAUUCAUUAUCUUUUGGAAAUGUGACUAUAUGUGUUAAUGGUAAUAAGAAUAGAACUGUGGCAUCAGUGAAAGUGGUAAUUCAUUUAGUUUAUUUCAGUCAUUCUCUUGUACAGAAUUCAAUUAGCCUAUACAUUAUUGCACAUAUUUAAGUACUGCUAUGUGCUGCUAUGGUUUUAAUAAAGUGAUUCUAUUCUGUAAUUCUCCAUGACGUACUGAAAGAACUGUAGUGCUGAAGCCACACUGACCCCAACAAGAAUUUGAUUUUCUUGUAUGUGACUUUUGUUCCAAGUGUAAACCAAAUUUGUGGAACCAAAAUUUAGAUUUUUUCUGUUUAAAAGAUCUCUCAUACAAAUGAUCAGAUGCCUAAAACAGUAUUGUUGAAGUAUUAAACAUUUAUGGAGUACAGUAAGCUGUUACUUGACAUGCUGGGAGAAUGGGUGAUGCCAAUUAAUUAAAUGUUGUUUGGUGAGUUGUA